CUUGACGCGCCCAUCUUAGUGACGUCAUCCCAAACAUGGCGGCCUACUUGAGCCGGUUGCACCACAUUUCCCUGCAGGUUUCAAACGUGGAUAAAGUCGCUCACGAGCUCGUAUCGCGGUUCCAGUUUAACGUGUUCGCGGCGCGACGGACAGACCGGGCGAAGCAGCUCGCGCUCCGCAGAGGAUCCGCGGUGUUCGUGGUGAACGAGAGACCGAGUCUGAGUGACUGCGGCGCUGUCAGAGAUCACCGGGACGCGGGUUGUGUGUUCGGGACUCAUGAGCACUACCCGGUGGACACCGUUAGUAACGUGUGCUUCGAGGUGACCGAUGUACCGAGCGCGAGCCGGGCGCUCCGGGAUCAGGAUGGGUGUGAGUUCCUCCAGCCGCCCGCGGAGCUUCAGGAUGACCGCGGCCGGGUCACCUUCUCCAUCGUGCGCUCCCCGGUGGGUAACGUGUGCCACACACUCAUCGACAGCUCCCGGUACCAGGGACCCUUCCUGCCUGGUUUCCGUGAGGUGAGCUCAGGCUGUCAGGGUGCAGACCGCUCCCGCUGUCCCAUCACUCACUUCGACCACAUCACAUACGCCUGUCCGCGGAGCAGUACUGUACACAUCACCAACUGGUACCGGAGGAACUUUGGCUUCCAGAGGUUCUUCAUUGACAGGAAUGAGGAUGUGGACGAGGGAUACGUGUUGAACCAUGAUGGGAUCGGCCUGCGUUUGACAGCUAUGGAAUACUGGAAAUGCAGUGAGUCUGGAAUAAAACUGCCCUUUAAGGAUGAAAAGGAGCCGGACUGCAAGUUUGUGAUCGCAGAGUCUCUCCCUGAGCAAGGCAGGAAUCAGGUGGACACGUUUCUGGAUGAGCACCGAGGAGCAGGAAUCCAGCACAUCGGCCUGUACACCGAGGACAUCGUGAAAACUGCUCAAACUCUGAGUCAGGCUGGAGUUCAGUUCUUCUCUCCUCCUCCGGCGUACUACACUGAGGUGGGAAAGCAGCAAGAGAUGUUGGAUGCAGGUUAUGAUCCUCAGACACUGAGUCGAUAUGGGAUUCUGCUGGACACUGACAUCCAGACGGACACAGACAGACAGACCACAGACGGCCAACGGCACCUCCUGCAGGUCUUCACCAAGCCGGUGUUUGCAGAGGACACGUUUUUCCUGGAGCUGAUCGAGCGCAGAGGAGCAACAGGCUUUGGCGAGGGGAACAUCCGAGCGCUCUGGAGAUCCGUUCAGGCCUAUAUGGAGAACGGAGAACAUCAGGAGAGGCAGAGCAACAACCAGCUGAGCAAACAGCGCUGACUGAGCAUCUGCACCACACACACACACACACACUUAUAGAGAAUACACUGUAGGAAACGUAUGUUAAUGAACAGCUUCCGUAUUUAGUGAUUCACCAGUGUUUUCUGUUUAUUUACAGUUGAGAAUUGCAUUAUGGGAUGUUGAUCUCUGCGCUGACGACUUUUGAUGUUGGA